AUGGCAAUACCUCAUGCAGCUUUGGUAAAUAGAAAUAAAAAACAUUUUCUGGGCGUACCGGCUCCUUUGGGAUAUGUAGCUGGAGUAGGAAGAGGGGCUACUGGGUUUACUACCCGAUCUGAUAUUGGACCUGCUCGAGAUGCCAAUGAUGUAUCUGAUGAUAGACAUGCGCCUCCUAGUAAAAGGAAAAAAAAGGAUGAGGAGGAAGAAGAAGAAGAAGAUUUAAAUGACUCCAAUUAUGAUGAAUUUUCAGGAUAUGGGGGUUCACUUUUUAGUAAAGACCCUUAUGAUAAGGAUGAUGAAGAGGCAGAUCAGAUUUAUGAGGCUAUCGAUAAACGUAUGGAUGAAAAGAGAAAAGAGUACAGAGAAAAAAGGCUGAAAGAUGAAUUGGAAAGAUACAGACAAGAAAGACCAAAAAUUCAGCAACAAUUUAGUGACUUGAAACGAGGUUUGAUAUCUGUAACUGAAGAUGAGUGGAGAAAUGUCCCAGAAGUAGGAGAUGCAAGGAAUAGAAAAUUAAGGAAUCCAAGAGCUGAAAAAUUUACACCUUUGCCAGACUCUGUAUUAUCUAGAAACAUGGCUGGGGAGUCUGCAACCUCUAUAGAUCCAACAAGUGGUUUAGCUAGUACAUUUCCAUCAGGAAAUGCUACCCCUGGUUUUUCAACUCCUGGUAUGUUAACACCUACAGGAGAUUUAGAUUUAAGAAAAAUUGGUCAAGCCAGAAACACUCUAAUGAAUGUUAAACUAAGUCAAGUAUCAGAUUCCGUUGAAGGGCAAACUGUUGUAGAUCCAAAAGGAUAUUUAACUGACCUUCAAAGUAUGAUUCCUACAUAUGGAGGUGACAUUAAUGAUAUAAAAAAGGCUAGAUUGUUGCUUAAAUCAGUACGUGAAACCAAUCCUAAUCAUCCACCGGCAUGGAUAGCAUCUGCCAGAUUGGAAGAAGUCACUGGAAAAGUUCAAGCUGCUAGAAAUUUGAUAAUGAAAGGUUGUGAAGUUAAUCCAAAAUCUGAAGAUCUUUGGUUAGAAGCUGCACGUUUGCAGCCUCCUGACACAGCAAGAGCUGUUAUUGCUCAAGCAGUUCGACAUAUACCAACAUCAGUAAGAAUUUGGAUUAGAGCAGCCGACUUGGAAGCAGAAACUAAUGCUAAAAGAAGAGUUUAUAGAAAGGCAUUAGAACACAUUCCCAAUUCUGUUAGACUUUGGAAAGCAGCAGUAGAAUUAGAAGAUCCAGAAGAUGCUAGAAUUCUUUUAAGCAGAGCCGUAGAAUGCUGUCCUACAAAUGUUGAUUUAUGGCUUGCACUUGCCCGACUUGAAACUUAUGAAAAUGCAAGAAAAGUACUAAACAAAGCUAGGGAAAAUAUUCCGACCGAUCGUCAAAUUUGGACUACUGCCGCUAAAUUAGAAGAAGCCAAUGGCAACAAACACAUGGUUGACAAAAUAAUUGACAGGGCAAUAUCAUCCCUAAGUGCGAAUGGCGUGGAGAUUAAUAGAGAGCAUUGGUUUAAAGAAGCAAUGGAAGCUGAAAAAGCUGGGUCGGUUCAUACAUGUCAAGUGGUAAUUAGAGCGGUCAUAGGUCAAGGUGUUGAAGAAGAAGAUAGGAAACAUGCUUGGUUAGAAGAUGCAGAAAUGUGUGCCAGUCAGGGAGCAUUUGAAUGCGCGAGAGCAAUUUACGCCCACGCACUAUCAACUUUUCCUAGCGAAAAAUCAAUUUGGUUAAGGGCUGCUUAUUUUGAAAAAGCUCACGGAACGCGAGAAUCCUUAGAAGCGUUGCUUCAAAGAGCUGUUGCACAUUGUCCAAAAUCAGAAGUAUUAUGGCUGAUGGGUGCCAAAUCAAAAUGGCUUGCGGGUAAUGUGUCUGCUGCUCGAAGUAUUUUAGCAUUAGCUUUUCAAGCUAAUCCAAAUUCAGAAGAAAUAUGGUUGGCGGCUGUUAAAUUAGAAUCUGAAAAUUCAGAAUAUGAGAGAGCAAGAAGAUUACUAGCAAAUGCUAGAGCUUCUGCUCCAAGUCCAAGGGUGUUAAUGAAAUCAGCAAAAUUAGAAUGGGCUUUAAAUGAUUUAGAUAAGGCACACAAGUUAUUAGAAGAGGCUAUAAAAAUGUUUCCAGAUUAUCCUAAAUUGUGGCUCAUGAAGGGUCAAAUAGAAGAGCAGCAAAAUAUGGUGGAUAAAGCUUUGGAAACAUACAAUUUAGGGAUUAAAAAAUGUCCCUCAUCUGUACCAAUUUGGAGAUUACUUGCUAAUUUAGAAGAAAGGCGGGGAUUACUAACGAGAGCCCGUUCUGUUUUAGAAAAAGGAAGGUUAAGGAAUCCAAAAAAUGCCGAAUUGUGGUUGGAAGCAAUAAGAAUUGAAUCAAGAGCCGGUUUAAAAGAUAUUGCUAAUAAUUUAAUGGCCAAAGCUCUACAGGAAUGUCCCAAUUCUGGUAUUUUAUGGGCUGAAGCUAUAUUUAUGGAAAGUAGACCUCAAAGAAAAACUAAAAGCGUUGAUGCUUUGAAAAAAUGUGAACAUGAUCCUAAUGUUCUCUUGGCAGUUUCAAAAUUAUUUUGGUGUGAAAGAAAAUUGCAAAAAUGCCGCGAAUGGUUCAAUAGAACAGUAAAAGUCGAUCAAGAUUUGGGAGAUGCCUGGGCUUAUUUCUAUCAAUUUGAAUUAUUGAAUGGAACCGAAGAAACUCAAAGUGACGUUAAAAAAAGAUGCGUUGCCGCGGAACCGCACCAUGGAGAAUUUUGGUGUCAAGUUUCAAAAAAUAUUCGCAACUGGAAAUACAGUACGGAGGUUAUACUUUCAUUGGUGGCCAAACAAUUACCUGUUCCAGUUUAA